UCUCUUCUCUAGGAAAGUGAACAGCCAAUCAUCAACUACCUCCUUUGUACUCAAUUAGAGGCUUCUGCAAGACCCCAUGCACUGUGAGAUGUAGGAGUGCUCGAGCUGGAGCUGUAAAUAACGUUAACAAUAACUAAUUUUCUUGUUUUUCUUUAUUCAAGUUGCGCGAGAAGAUAUCCCGAAGAGGAGUUAAUUUUCAAUCAAAAUAAUUUCAAUCAUGUCCCGAAAUAGCAGAGGGAAUGGGAAAAAAGUGUCAAAUCAUGUUUCUUCUUUACCAAGUGACACAGAUGAAGAAGAAUACAUUGUUGAGAAAAUUCUCGACCGGAGGGAGAAGAAUGGUGAAAUUGAGUAUUUGCUUAAAUGGAUAGGCUUCUCAGAUGAUGACAAUACUUGGGAACCCAAGAAAAACCUGUGUUGUUAUGAUUUGAUUGCAGCGUUCGAAAGCAAGAGAAAUGAGAAGGAAAAAAUGAAAAAGAAACAUAUUAAUAUAAAGGAAAAAGAAAAACAUCCAUCAUUGAAGGAAAAUCUUGAAAACAAGCAAGACGAGCUAAGCCAAGAGAAGAAAGCUGUGAAGAAAAAAACUAAAGUGCAGAUGCCCAGUCUUCUAACAGGAUUUGAUCGAAAUAUGGAGGCCGAGAAAAUUUUAGGGGCGACUGAUGACAGUCCUAGUGGUGAACUUCUCUUCCUCAUAAAGUGGAAAUCAUCCGAUGACUGUGAUCUAGUUCCGUCAAGCCUAGCUAACAAACUUUGCCCACAAGUCGUGAUCAAGUUCUAUGAGAAGAACUUGUAUUGGCCUAACUCAAAGAGCAAAACUUCCGCGAAAAAUUGAGAAAUCCGUAUGUACUUAAGUGUCAUUUUUAUAAUUGUAAUGAAACACCUUUAUUAAGAGUUGAAGUGUGGGAAGGUACCACUCUUUUUUCACGUUUGCCCUAUACGCUCGUCUUUAUCUGUCGAUUUGUCAUGUGGACCUCGAAUUCCCAAGUCCUUGAUACACGGUUUUUACACGGGAA